CCAUCAAACAGGACCUUCAUCACGCAUCUCAUUUGCUGCGUGGCUCCUACUGCUGCCAAGGCGAGCGAGCUAAGCUCCCGUUACGCUACCUACCUUUGCGUUGUGGACGACCGACCAGUGGGGCCCCGGGGUAACAAUAGGCGCAACCACGACAACCUGGCCUGACCCUGUGCCGCCUACUAAAGAGCUAAGCUCCAGUAGAGUUGCCGUCCAGCUCUCAAUCUAGCGGUUGCAUUACUGCCCGCGUCCCUGUAUACGAGCUGCGGUAUCCACUAAUUUAUUGCACUGUCUUCAAUACCCAAACUUACCCGGCUGUUCAUCAUGUCCGUCACCACAACAACAGCGACCGCCGCUCACGCGCCGACCCAUAGAAGUCUCGGCCACCCACCGCGAACUCUUCGGAAAGCUACCAGCUACACUAGCAACUUCGCCUCCUCUACAACUGCUUCUUCCCCUAGUCUCAACUCUCUCUACAACACUCAUUCGCGCCUCGCGCCGUCCCACCACUCCCUGCCUCGGAAGUCCUCCCUGGCCGCUUUGACUCCCAAAUCACUCGCCUCCAUUCCCGAUGUAAGCGAGUCUUACGCCUACAACAGUGUGCUAGCCGAGUCGUCACCCGAUCGCAAAAUGCCACCCGCUACUCCCGGUAAGGUCGGGAACGACUUCGCCGUUGGCGAUGUCGUCGAAGUUCCCGGGAACAUGUUCGGCACCGUUCGCUUCAUUGGGUCGGUGGACGGGAAGAAGGGCACUUUCGCUGGCGUUGAGUUGCACCCCGAGUUCGCACAGAGGGGCAAGAACUCUGGCGAGGUGGAAGGUGUCUCGUACUUCUCCACGACUCUCCCUGGCGCAGGCAUCUUUCUUCCCCUCAAUAAAGCCGUCAGGAGGGACUCGCCGUCGGGCUCGUCCUACAGCUCGUUCCCUCAUACCCCCACGGCGAGUACGACGAGUGGUCUUAAACCCGGCACACAAAACUCGACGAAUCAUACCCCUUCUACUCCCUCGGUACCGAUGCUGAGCAAAUCUGUCGGGCCAGGCCGGGCUCCCAGUCCUGCGCUGAAGAAGUCCAUCAGCAGGCCCUCCGUCCGGCCAGAGUCGCCCGUGCGAAAACUGCAGAUGACGCCCGGUCCGAGACCGUCUUUGGUGACUCCUGGCAAAGUGUCCUCCAAACAUAGCUCGCCUUCCCUCAACCGCUUCGCUCAGAGUGUACGUGGGACGGCUGGAGAUCCUAGCAAGACGCCAAGACUGGAUACGAAAUUAAGUCUUGGACCUCGCAGUGCAUCUGCCCUUGGUCAAACGUCAAUGUUUGACGAGGAGCCCAUGCCGUCGAAUACUUUGCAGCGAACACAGACAAAUGGAAGCACGAACUCGAUCUCUUCAUACAACUCCAAGUUCAGAGCUCCUUCCCGGGCUGGGGCUGGGUCGAGAGCUGCGUCGCGAGCCCAAAAUGACGACGAAAUCGAGCGCCUGAAGGCAAACCUGGAAGAUCGCGAAAGGCAGUUGAGAGACCAGGCAGCCACCCUGGCAGAGAUGGAAAGCAGUCUCACCGAGCUGCAGAGCCUUAUGGAGAAUUCGGAUCUGGGAGCACCAAAACGAAAUAGCUUUGACAAUAAGGACACGGCGCAGCUUCGAGCAUUGGUCAAAGAGAAGAACGAGAAGAUUGCGAUGCUCACAGCCGAGUUUGAUGCGCAUCGGGCAGACUUCCGAAGCACAAUCGACACCUUGGAAAUGGCUAGUACCGAGACCGAAAGAGUUUACGAAAAACGAAUCGACGAGCUUAUGCUUGAAAUCCGAGAGCUCGAAUCCCGGACUGAUGACGUGGACUCAGUCGCUCGACAGUUGAAGCAGCUCGAGGAACUGGUUCAAGAACUCGAAGAGGGCCUCGAAGAUGCUUCGGCUGCGGUGAAUGGGUCUAGAGGGUCACCAAGCGGUGACCGUCUCUCUGGAUCCAAGGAGCUCGAGCAGAAGGAAGAUGAGAUCCGGGGACUGAAGGCGAUCAUCCACUCCCUCAGUCGGGAUUCCGUUCCUGGUGAAGGCGCCGAUAAGCCGGAAGACCCUUCAGUCCGCGAGAAUGCCCUGGCUCGAGACAAGCUGGAGCGUGACUUGGCAGAGCUCCGUGCUGUUGUCAAGGAAAAAACCCAGCGUGAAGAGGAGCUCGAGCGGGAACUAGAGUUGCUCCGUAGGGGGAGCGCUGCAACCCUGCAAACUGACUCUGCCACCAACGGUGGUGCUCAACGCUCGUCGCUUCGCGAUUCGCGGGACACGAUCAUUCUGACGCGUAACAGCGAGGCUCAACCCCCCACAGCGACGCACAAGCGCGUCCGUACAUUAGACACUAUGCCAGAGAGUGAUGCCUACUCGUCUGUCACCGACAAUAGUACUCUCUGGUGCGAGAUCUGCGAGACGGGCGGCCACGAUAUCCUGACCUGCACCAAUAUGUUUGGCACCGAGACUACCAAGACCAAUGGCGACGCCAUCAAGACGAUCAAGGAUGCCACCAAAGAGGACAUACAACCUGUUUCUGCUGAAGACAAGCCUGCCCCCCUAUCACCGGUCAAGCCCAAGACGACGGUUCCUCUGUCCAACACCCAGAUGCUCCCGAACCCUAUGGAGACCGGCCCUGUGGCUGGCAAGGAGACAGGUGUGAUAGACAACUCAAAGUGGUGUGCCGUUUGCGAAAGAGACGGUCACGAGAGCUACGAUUGUCCGUUCGAAGACGCAUUCUAGGAGGAUCGACUUUAAGUCACAACAGCGAGAAGGGGCCUGUACAAGGGAUAAGACGCUAUCACGUCAGCAACCUUGUCUUGUGUUGAAUUAUUGUGAAGGUAAAACCAUAAAAUGAUCAGUUUUGUAUUGGAUUCCUGGGUUGUCAGAGCGAUGGAAGGUUUUCGUUCGUCAUAGCAUUUGCAGCGAUGAUACCACAGUUCGAGGAAGAGCUUGUUUCCCAGCGUUGGUUUUUUUCGCGCUGGACUCGGUUCCUAGUCACUCCGAGUGUGAUGCAGCGGCUCUUUUGGUCUCCUUGGUAUUCAUCUCAAGGGGUUUAUAUAAGUUAAUGAUAGUAGACCUAAGUCAUGGGUUUCCGACAUGGUCACAAAGACGCGAAGUCAUGAACAACUGUGCGAUAAAGCAUCACAUGUGAUAGAGAGUUCGCUGAGGAAU